AUGAGCCAGAGCCAGGUUAAGGGGGAGGAGGCCGGACUGGGCCAGGCAGUCUCUCCAGGGACGAGCCUGUGUCCCUUCACGUGCUCGGGAGCGGGAGCCUUGCUCCCGCCGCAGGUGCGGGGAGCUGGGAGCCCGACAGCCCUCGCCAGCUCCCCGCAGCGGCUGCGCACGGUCCCUCGGUGCCUGCCCGCCCCGCCCGCCCGGAGGCCUGAGCGAGGCGACGCGGGAGGAAUUCGAGCCAUUUCCUCUGCGACGCGCGGCACCGAUGCUGUCCUUAGUUUUCCUAGAUCUUCCCGCCUACCAUGCCCACGGCCUCUUCUCCACUCUAACUUGCGGGAGGAGCAGCUGUACAGGCUCCCCGGGAGAGAAGACAUUCUUUCAGCCUUUAACCGUUUGGAGGCGCGGAGAGGAAAUGCAGAGCCAGAGCCCCAGAAAAUGCUCAGCCAACUCAGGGUAAGCUGUGCAGAGGCUGCGGUCCAGGAGAUGGGAGAGCUUGGAACAAGAGGUGCGUCUGAGCCUGAAUUGCUCCAUCCCCACUGGAUAUUCAGGUUCUUAUCACUUUAUGCAAGAUUGAUUGCUGGACAGUGUCUAUCCCUGAUUGUCCCAUUUUGGAUUGGAUGCCCUCCUCAGGUGCAGUCUGCUGUGGCUGAAGAUUGGGGCAUGUUAUACAAAGGAGCUGCCAGGAGCCACAGUCAUGUGUGAGGUCUUUGCACAGGGAAAGGGAUGGAUUGUGUAACCUGGACCAGCACAAUACACAGUGCACUAAAAAGUGAGCUGUUCACAUCGACUCUGACAGAUGUCCUCUCUGCCUGGACCACCACCCUGCAGAAGUCUCUGUGACUUGCCCCUUUGCCACUGCCUCUACUUCUUUCAGGUCUGCACACAAGUACCCAUUAUCAGGGAGGCCUUCCCUGACAUCCACAUCAAAUAGCAUACACCACUUCCACUCUCAAGCCCUUUACUCUGCCUUGCCUGUCUUUAUACCCCUUAUAUAACCUGACACAUAUUUAUUAUUUGUUGUCUGUUUUGGUCACUACAGUAUCUCCUGAACCUAGAACAAUGCCAGGCAUAAAGCAAGGGUUCAAGUCAUUUGUGCAGAAUAAAUGAUCUCCUUCAGAACAAGAUCUCACCCUCUUCUACCACACACAACUGAUUAGAGCAGGCACUGAACAUGGAGCUUUGCUGAGGAUGGGCUCCAUAGGAAAUCAUAGGGAGACACUAAUGAGCGUUCCAGAGCCAGCACUCACUCACAAAUCCUAGCUGUUCUAAAAGGAAUAUCUCUUUAUUGAAUCUAUAACCUGUGACUACUACAGAGCUUGUGACCACCAGCUCACACUUUGUUCUUGCCUCAGAGUCUACAUGAAGCUUCCUGAUGGCCUUACAAACUUUUAAGCACAUAUGCUUUAAAAAACACAUCCUUCUCAGAGCUACACCACUGAAAGGUGUUCCUUCAACAACAGAAAGAUUUAUUACUUUCUUCCCCCACAGAAAAACCACAAAAAUAUUUCCUUCUUGACUGCAGCAGUGAGUUCCAAGUGUCAUUAAAGAACCGGGCAGAUGCUUCCUCCUAGCCCAUGUGGGAAUAAGUUAAGAUGAAGAACAGUUGAAACUCUGGUGCUGCACACAUGCCCCAUACCUUAUUCCCCUCUGACACAUCUUCUUCCUGUCUGCCUGGGGUCAGGGAUGUAGAGCUGUGUGUGACCUGCCUCGUGCAGCAGCUGGGGCUCUGGAACACCCCUGCCCCUUAUCCGUCUGGUAUUAAUAAUAGAUGGCUCUUAUUGAAUUAUGCACCUGCCAUAAACCAGGCACUGCACCUAACAAAUUGUUUCAAAUUCUUAACCCCCAAACUGCAAAAGAGCUGUAACCUGCGUGUCUGCUGCCUUGACAGCCCAUAUUCAUAAUAACAGAAACUAUCUUUCUGCCUCUGUCACCAAGAAUCACUUUUCUCCAGUAUAUUUGCAGAAAGGGAGCAGUCUCUCAUCUCCAAAGCCUGUCCAGGCUGCAGCCUCUUCCUCUGCUUUCAUCUGAUCCUAAAUGCCACACUCAGCCAGGGUCUCUGCUCACUGUAAUGUGGGUGAAGCCUGUGCUCUGGAGCUGCAUCUUCCCUUGACCUGACACUGAGGGUGGCCUCAGGGGCAUAGUAGGCAGAAUAAUGACACUUAAGAAUGUCCACGUGCGGGAACCUGUGAAUAUGUUACCUCACAUAGCAAAAGAACUUAACAGAUGUGAUUAAGUUAAGGACCUUGAGAUGAGGAGAUUAUCCUGGAUUAUCCAGGUGAGCAUGAUAUAAUGAUCAUAAAGGAAAGAGGAAGAGUCAGAGAAGACGUGGCAACGGGAGGAGAAGUCAGAGGGAUGUGAGCCGGGGGCCACGGAAUGCAGGCAGUCUUUAGAAGCUGGAAAGGGCAAGGAAACAGACUCUCUCUUAGAACGUCCGGAAGCAAUAUAGCCCUACUGAUGCCUUGCUUUUAGGUCUUCUGACCUCCAGACCAGUACGAUAAUAAAUCUGUGGUGUUU